CUGCGCGUUUAUUCAGUCGUCGGCAAGGUGUCAAUCGGUUCGGUACAUUUGAACUAGCAGCGGCAACACUAGCAGUGGGGAGUUCUUUUUUUCCCGAAACCCAGUAGAGUCGACAAGGAAUAAUGACUUACGGCUGUGGCAAGACUACGGCUCUGCUAGCGGGGCUAGUUCUCACCACCUUUCUGCACCUUGCGACCGCCGAAACGUACGAGUGCACCAUCGGCAAGCUCGAGUACGGCGAGGGCGAGUUCUGCAUAUUCCGGAAUGUAAGCUACAGCGCCAAGUCAACGGCGAGCAUCGGCUUCAAGACGCCCGGGAACUCGGUCCAGACGCGGAUCGCGUUCGAGGAAUCCGAGCUGGACCACCUGCCGAAGGAGUUUCUGAGCAAGUUUGGCAAGGACAUGCGGGUGCUGCACGUGGUGCGCUGCAAGCUGCAGUCGGUGGUCAUUACGAACGCGAUGGAGGAGCUGUUUGCUACGGAUAAUUACAUUGAGAAGGUUAUCGUGCAUCAACAGUCGGGAAGUUCUCCGAUCAAGUCGAUCCAUCUGCAGUCGAACAGGCUGGAGGAUGUUUCGAACAUUACGAGAAAUUGUAAGAAUGUUACAAUUUUGGAUUUGAGCCGAAAUGAGCUGCUGUCGAAGGAAAGCGUGAUAAAUUUGGGAAUGUUCAAUGGAUUGAAUCAGUUGGAGUACUUGCUGCUGGCUGACGUUGGUGCCCUCUACCUCGAUUACGAUAAUCUGCCAAACCUGCCUUCCUUGACUCUGUUGGACCUCUCGAUGAACAAUUUGCUUCCAUCGGAUCUUCAAGUGGACAAACUGUCUGUGCUGGAGAAUCUAAGAGUGCUUCGUUUCAACGAUAUUGGCUUUGCCCAGCUGGAUUAUGCUCACCUGACUCAAAUGAAGUCCCUCAAGCAGGUAUAUCUGGAGGGAAAUUCCUUCGACUGUGUAUAUUUGGUGGACAUGAUCAACUUUCUGAACGAGAAGGGCAUUGAAACUCCGGUUGCUCGACCGGCAACGGUCUGCUCGACGGGAUUUAAGGUAGAGAAGCAAAUGUGCUGCAAGUCUUCGGACUUGGGAGUACCCAUUAAAACUACCAAACCCAUUACAACUCAUGGUUCGACGCACAAACCAGCCUCAGAACUGAACGAAGUUUAUACCAGUAAGACUACGGAAACUAUGCCGACCAUGAAAACAACCGGAUCCGCUGAAAUGAAACCAAAGACGAGCUCAGGAAAUGGAGUCUCGGAAGUCACCAUCAACUUCAGCUGCAUACUAGUCGGCUUAGCCUUGGCUAAGCUAUCGAGCUUCUAAAGACAGUAACGUUACUCAUCGGGAAGAGUUGCAAACUCUUCCCCUCCCUCAAAGAUAAUAACACUUACAGAUAUUCCACGAGCUUUCAACGAUCCAUUGUGUGCACUUCAUCCGGUAAUCAUAAAGGGUAAAAAAAAACAAAAAAACCUCACCAAAGCAGCACACCACAAACUUCAUUCGCUCGAGCUUACAAAGCUCAAACACACACUUUCGCGGUCAGUGUUUAACACCACCCCCUUCCCUUUUUUCGCUUCGCGCACAUCGCGCACAUUCGCGGGAUAAUCUCAAAGAUAGAUAGAAGUGCUCUUAAAACUGCUAUGCAAGAUUGUUUUUUGGAUGGAUUUUUGUAACCCCCCACACGCACACAGAAACACACGAUUUGUACGUUUUUUAAUUCCUCUCAGUGUGGAUUUUUGAGUAUUGUAAGUGUAACGUAAUUGUAACGGAGAGCACUGCUUCACUGUAGUGUGUAGGAGGUGAUACUCUUAAAAUUGACGUGAAAACAACGAAUCCAGUUCAGCAACCGUAAUCUUUGUGGGUGCUGUUGUUACGCCCAAACGAGGGAAAACAAAUCCUCUGACAGAAUUUACAGUAUCUCUGACAUCGAAUGAAGAUAUCGUUGACAAUGAGUGAAAAAUUGAACGGUUUUUAUAUUCUCAGUAUUAUGAGUGUAAGGUUUUAAUUAUCUCCUAAUAUCUCACGGAGCUCUUCUAUUAUUUUAAAGGUCUUUGGCUUAAGGGGUUACAUACAUGUAGAAAAUCACAAAAUUUUAAAUUACAAAACAUUUGUUAAAUCCACUCAAAAGAUGAUUUUUAAUCACUCCUGAAGAUAUUUCAUGAUUAAACUGAGUAAGAGACGAUUUAAGCUCAAAAUUUUGCCAUGCGCAAAGCGGGCUGUCAAUCUUUGUUGGCGUUUGUCCCUAAACACCGAGUUGAUUUACGGGUGCCACAAUAUCUCGAGAUGGGAUGGACCAAAUUGGCUGAAAUUUGAGGUGAAGGCUAUCAAGCAACGUUGCCAGGUUUUUUGGGGGGAGAUCUGUAUUUUCUUGAAAAUAAAUCUGUGUUAUGUCUAAUUUGAAUCCAUAGAAGACAUUUUAUUUUUUUUUAAUAACAGAUUUAUGCUUUUUAAUCAUAUUAAAUCAUAAUUUCAUUACUAAAUUCUUGAAACUUUAAAAAAAUCAUUUUAAAAAAAUCUGUAUAUACAGAUUUUUGGGAUUUUUGGGAUCGAAAAAUCUGUAAAUACAGAUUUAUCUGUAUAUCUGGCAUGGCUGCUCUCAAGAUGUAUACCGUUUGCAUGACGAAACCCAAUUUUUAAAAUUGCUUUUUAAAAAAUACAAAAAUCGAAAACUAACGAUUUAUUAAUAUGAAAAACACAAAAAUAUUUUUAUCUUUUUUUAUAAUAAAUUUUUUGAAGAUCGGGCUUCGUCAUGC